GAAAAGCAAAGUCCAUGGUGACAGUGGGUUGAUGGGGGAGAUAGCGACGAUAACUUUCUUCGGAGAGGCGAUAGCUCAUGGCGAAGCCUUUUUCAAACCCUAGUUGAUAAUCCUGUCUCAAUCCCCCUUUCCUGAACAAGCUUCCCUGAUUUUCUCGCUCUUUCCAUCGUAUUUUCUUUCCAAGCCGCUUUUUUUUUUUUUUUUUUUUCGGUGAGAAAUUUCUUACCCCGUUUCCUCUUGGAAUUAUCCCAGUAGGAUUGGAUCGGAGUGUGUUUUUAUUCUCCUUUUUUUCCCGGAAACUAUUAGAACCCAGAGGCGGAAAAUUGAGUCUCUGGGGCUUUUAGGGUUUCGGGAUUCGUCAAAGUUAGUAUUUUGCCCCCUUUGUUAGAUCUGGAGGACUGUGUUAUUAAACUUUAGUCUUCAAUUAGGGCCUAAUAGUUUUUCCAUAUUUCUUUGUUUCAUUGGGUUGGUGAAGCAUCAGAAAGAAUCUGAGCUGCCAAUGCCAUUUGUUUCAAUUGUGGAAGAUUUUUCGGUAAAUUUUCAGAUACCGAAAAACUUUGGGUUCAAUGUCUUGGGCGGGGCCAGAAGAUGUCUAUCUGUCAACUUCUCUCGCAAACUAUCUAGACAAGAAGCUUCUUGUAUUGCUGAGAGAUGGUAGAAAACUUUUGGGAAUACUUCGUUCAUUUGAUCAAUUUGCAAAUGCUGUUCUUGAAGGUGCCUGUGAGCGAGUUAUUGUAGGUGAUCUUUAUUGUGACAUUCGAUUAGGUUUGUAUGUAAUCCGUGGGGAGAAUGUUGUUUUGAUCGGUGAGCUGGACCCAGAGAAGGAAGAACUUCCCCCACACAUGACUCGUGUUACUGCAGAAGAGAUAAGAAGGACAUCAUUGGUCGGUUCAGCCAUUUGUACAAUUCCACAUUGCAAUGUUCUUUCAACAGGCACAAAAAGCAGAAAGGGAGGCUACGGAUCUGAAAGGUUCCAUGAGGAAGCGGAUGGAGUUCCUCGAUAUGGACUAGUUUGUGUACAUGAUUCUGACAUUCAGUCCUGCGUUUUUCAUCAGGCUCAGGCCAAGUCAUCCACAAAUAUUAUUGCGGUUGGUUGAUGCUGGCAAACCAAUGACGGAUUGAAUUGUUGCUUUGCUACUCUCUCUCUCUGCGUCGACUCUCUGUAACAUUUACACAAAUAGUUAUCAGGUUGUUCAUCUGUUUUAUGUUUCAAAAUUAUUGAGAGCUUUCACCUCACCUUCCAAACUAACGGCCCUGGAGAAUAAUAGGGCAUGAGAUGUGUGGCUGUGUCCAAGAUUGUUUAGUAUUUCCUUCUGUUUUGGGUGGAUUUUGGUGUCUCCAUGGAUGAUGGUAAAAUGCAGACUGGUGGGGUGGAGUUUGGCAUUUUCCUUUCAAUCUAUUAGUUUGUUCAUUGUUAUUAGCAUGUUGAGAAAAGUGUUCUGUUGAGGUGUUGCGCUAC